GGGCCGGCAUGUGGCGGCCGCUGGCCGCGCUCGCCGCCCGCGGGGCCCCCGGAGCCACCGGCGGGGCCUCCCCCGGCCCCGGCCCCCGCCCCGCGCCGCUGCCGCUGCUGCUGCCGCUGCUCGCCCGCCACUGCGGCUGCGGGAGGGCGCGCCGGGCCCGGCAGCGCGGCGGGCCCGGGGACGCGGCCCGAGGCACCGGGAGAGGAACCGGGGGCGGAACCGGGAGCGGAACCGGGAGCGGCGGCUCCGGGCGCGGCCGCUGGGGAGGGCCCCGGGGCCGGUGCGGGCCGGGCGCGCCGCGGGGCUUCCUGAUGGCCGCGCUCGGUACCGGGGCCUUCGUGUGGGACGGGCAGCGCAUCGAGGAGGAGGAGCUGAGGCGGUCGGCGCAGGAGCUGCAGCGCCUGGAGAGCCCCGAGGCGGCCCCGGAGCAGGAGCGCGGCUGGGAGCCGGUGCUGGAGCGGGAGCGCUUCCGCCUCUGGCGCCGCCCCAUCCCGGGAUCCGCGCUCUUCCAGUACCGAGUUUUCGGCUCCUACACCGACGUCACUCCCAGGCAGUUCUUCAACGUCCAGCUGGACACGGAGUACCGCAAGCAGUGGGACUCGCUGGUGCUGAAGCUCGAGGUGGUGGAGCGCGACCCGGCCACGGGCUCCGAGGUGAUCCACUGGGUCACGCAGUUCCCGUACCCGAUGUAUUCCCGGGAUUACGUUUACGUCCGGCGCUACAGCGUCGACAGCGACCGCAACCUGAUGGUGCUCGUCUCCCGGGCCGUGGAGCAUCCCGGGAUUCCCGAGGACCCCGAGCACGUCCGGGUGCGCAGCUACGAGUCGCGCAUGGUGAUCCGGCCCCACCGCGGCUUCGACGAGAACGGCUUCGAUUACCUGCUGACCUACAGCGACAACCCCCAGACGGUGUUCCCGCGCUACUGCCUCAGCUGGAUGGUGUCCAGCGGGAUGCCGGAGUUCCUGGAGAAGCUGCACUCGGCGGCGCUGAAGGCCAAGAAGAUGGAGCUGGAGCUGCGCGAUUACCUGAGCCCCGGCAAGGGCCCCGAGCCCCGCGGCGCCGCGCGCCUCGAGUACGCCUGAGCGGAGAACGGCCGGAAAACCACAGGAAAACGGCGGGAAAACGGCAGGAAAACGACGGGGAAACAGCGGGAAAACAACAGGAAAACGACGGGGAAACAGCGGGAAAACAACAGGGAAACAACGGGAAAACAACCGGAAAAUGGCGGGAAAACAACAGGAAAAUGGCGGGAAAACGACCAGAAAAUGGCGGAAAUUGGCGGGAAAACGACGGGAAAAUGGCGGGAAAAUUCCUGGAAUUGGCGGGAAAAGCCCCAGGGAAAGUCUGGGAAAGGAGGGGAAAUACCAGCAAUAAACUGGGAAAAAACUUUGGGGGUUGUCCCAGGAGCACUGGAAAUAAACUGGGAAAAAAAACCCGGGAAUUGUCCUGAAAAUACCGGGAAUGAGUUCGGGAAUCGUUCCAAAAAGCGCUGGAAAUGAAAUGGGAAAAAUAAAUGGGAAUUGUUGGAAGAAAACCAGGAAUAAAGGUGGGAAUUGGCCCGGAAACAAUGGGAAUAAA